CUCGUUGGUUUGAUUGAAGAUUGAACGAUUGAAGUUGCUACUGUUGCUAGUCGCUAUCAGUAAAACAAGUGAUGGUAACUGGUAACAGGGGGCGUUGAUUUCGUAAACUUUCACUGUGAUGUAAAAUAACCUCAGAGAACUGUAAGUAAAAAGUGAACAAUAUAUACGUUUCACAAAAUACUAUACGUUAAUUAAAAGCAAAUUCUAACAAGAAUCCUUUAGGAUAUUACACGAUGUAACAAUACUUGUUCUUCAUCGAACUUCCUAUUUCUCCUUUCUAAAGUGUUGUAUCAUUUGGUAUUUACAUACUGCAUCAAUAACUUCAUCAAUUUUGUUUUCCUGUCACAAAUGUGAGGAGAAAAAUAGAUCCAAUAGUGAUAAUUGACACUUCAGUAUACAAACUGAAAUUAUUUAUGCAAUUAUUUACAUGGACAAAGAAGUAAAAAGAUAUAACUAGGAGAUGGAUGAUAUCAAAGCCAAGAGAGAUGCCAGAAGGAGGCGAAUUUUAGAGAACUCUGAAAAACGAUUAUCAAAAAUCACUGGUAGGGAAGACAACAAUGAACUGAAAUCCACAAAUUUGAAUUUAUCUAGUCCACCAUUUGAACCUAUAGAUACAGAAGAAACUUUAUAUACAAAUGUAAAUGGUCAGAUACCAGGUCUUCACAGUACUUCGAGUAAGGUGAAAACAUUACCCCCCAAAUUAUUGACAAAUCGUAUAAAUUACAUAUUAUUAGCCAUUGUCGUCAAUAUUUUACUUUUACUGCAAUUGGAUCACUUGUUUGGAAAGACCAUCACAAUUCCAUAUUUUCCAAUAAUGUUGGGACGCCUAUACAAUUAUAGAGACGCUCGAGAAAUGCAAGAAAAUAAUCUACUGUACGCGGCUCUCAUUUUAUGCAACAUAAAGCCUGAAUUGACAUAUCAAUUGAAAAAACUGGUGACAAUAGUUCAUAUGAUAUUUGGUGAUUUAGCUUUGUAUAUUUUCAGUUUUACACUCAUACAUUAUGGACUUCUAUUAUUCACAUAAUACAAACAUUCCAACUAUUUGAAGCCCUGCAUCCAAAGCAUUAAAUUUUAUAAAUAAAAAGUAAAAAUGUGUAUAUAAAAUGAAUAUUUUAGUGAGACGAAUGGAAGGCUCCGAAAUAUCUGAAGAUCUGAUGUUUCAUAAAAUAAGAUUUGCAAAUGA